AAAGAGAAAAAAAUAUUUUGGAACAGAAGGAUGGAUUCCAUCCAAGUAUUCAACCAAUGAAAAAAACACGCGGAUCAUUCCUCGAAUGUUCAGCGCCACAAUCUUUUCUAUCUAUCCAAUACACUUGUAGAAGAGACUUUCCUCAAGUGGACUUGUGUAAUCAUCGACCUCCUCUAAUGGCUUUUGCUUCUUCUUCCUCUUCUAUAGUUCUCUCCAAAUGCGAAUUCGACGUGUUCGUGAGUUUCAGAGGCGCGGAUACGCGUCAUGACUUCACUUCUCACCUCGUUAAGUACCUGCGUGGGAAAGGUAUCGAUGUUUUCUCCGAUGCCAAACUCCGGGGAGGUGAGUACAUCUCGCUUCUCUUUGACAGGAUCGAGCAAUCGAAGAUGUCAAUCGUUGUCUUCUCAGAGGAUUACGCCAACUCCUGGUGGUGCUUGGAGGAAGUCGGGAAGAUUAUGCAGCGCAGGAAAGAAUUCAAUCAUGGAGUUUUACCGAUCUUCUACAAAGUCAGUAAAUCUGAUGUUUCGAAUCAGACAGGGAGUUUUGAAGCCGUAUUCCAGAGCCCCACAAAGAUUUUUAAUGGAGAUGAACAAAAAAUUGAGGAAUUGAAGGUUGCUCUGAAGACAGCUUCCAAUAUCCGUGGCUUUGUAUAUCCUGAGAACAGCUCGGAGCCUGAUUUUUUAGAUGAAAUCGUGAAGAAUACUUUCAGGAUGCUGAAUGAAUUGUCUCCAUGUGUAAUCCCUGAUGAUCUACCAGGAAUUGAAUCACGUUCCAAGGAACUGGAGAAGCUAUUGAUGUUCGAUAAUGAUGAAUGUGUCCGUGUCGUUGGAGUUCUUGGGAUGACUGGUAUCGGCAAGACAACGGUUGCUGAUAUCGUAUAUAAACAGAACUUCCAGAGGUUUGAUGGAUACGAGUUCCUUGAAGACAUUGAAGAUAACUCUAAGCGGUAUGGAUUACCUUAUUUGUACCAAAAACUCCUCCAUAAAUUAUUGGAUGGAGAAAAUGUUGAUGUCAGAGCGCAGGGAAGACCGGAAAACUUUCUAAGGAACAAGAAAUUGUUUAUUGUGCUGGACAAUGUGACCGAAGAGAAACAAAUAGAAUAUCUUAUCGGAAAGAAGAAUGUGUACAGGCAAGGAAGUAGGAUUGUUAUAAUAACAAGAGACAAGAAACUGCUGCAGAAAAACGCUGAUGCUACAUAUGUGGUUCCCAGAUUAAAUGACAGGGAAGCUAUGGAGUUAUUCUGCCUUCAGGUAUUUGGCAACCACUAUCCCACGGAAGAAUUUGUGGAUCUAUCAAACGAUUUUGUUUGUUAUGCUAAAGGGCUUCCGUUAGCUUUGAAGUUGUUAGGUAAGGGUCUAUUAACCCAUGAUAUAAACUACUGGAAGAAGAAAUUGGAGUUUUUACAGGUAAAUCCAGACAAGGAGCUUCAGAAAGAGCUGAAAUCGAGUUAUAAAGCACUUGAUGAUGAUCAGAAGAGCGUAUUUCUGGACAUAGCAUGUUUUUUCAGGUCAGAGAAAGCAGAUUUUGUUUCAAGCAUUCUGAAAUCAGACGACAUUGAUGCUAAAGAUGUGAUGAGAGAACUUGAGGAGAAGUGCCUUGUAACCAUUUCUUACGAUAGGAUUGAGAUGCAUGAUCUAUUGCAUGCAAUGGGGAAGGAAAUUGGAAAAGAAAAAUCCAUCAGAAAGGCAGGCGAACGUCGUAGGUUGUGGAACCACAAAGAUAUUCGUGAUAUCCUGGAGCAUAACACGGGCACUGAAUGUGUUAGAGGCAUCUUCUUGAACAUGUCUGAAGUCAGAAGAAUCAAGCUUUUUCCUGCUGCUUUCACGAUGUUGUCAAAACUCAAAUUCCUGAAAUUCCACAGUUCUCAUUGUUCUCAGUGGUGUGAUAAUGACCAUAUAUUUCAGUGCUCCAAAGUCCCUGAUCACUUUCCAGAUGAGCUUGUUUACCUUCACUGGCAGGGGUAUCCCUAUGAUUGCCUGCCAUCAGAUUUCGAUCCAAAGGAACUUGUCGAUCUUAGUCUGCGUUAUAGCCACAUCAAACAACUGUGGGAAGAUGAGAAGAAUACAGAAAGUUUAAGAUGGGUCGAUCUCGGUCAGUCAAAAGACUUGCUAAAUUUAUCAGGUUUAUCCAGGGCCAAAAAUCUUGAAAGAUUGGAUCUUGAAGGCUGUACGAGUUUGGAUCUCUUGGGCUCAGUAAAACAGAUGAACGAACUUAUUUACCUGAACCUCAGAGACUGCACAAGCCUUGAGAGUCUUCCAAAGGGAUUCAAAAUAAAAUCUCUUAAGACUCUGAUCCUCAGUGGUUGCUUAAAACUUAAGGACUUUCAUAUUAUAUCAGAAAGUAUUGAAUCCCUUCAUUUGGAAGGCACAGCAAUCGAACGAGUUGUUGAACACAUCGAGAGUCUUCACAGCCUUAUUUUGCUGAAUCUCAAGAAUUGUGAGAAAUUGAAGUAUCUUCCCAACGAUCUUUACAAGCUGAAAUCUCUCCAAGAACUGGUUCUCUCUGGUUGUUCAGCGCUGGAGAGUCUUCCGCCCAUCAAAGAGAAGAUGGAAUGCUUAGAGAUUUUGCUUAUGGAUGGAACGUCUAUCAAACAAACACCUGAAAUGAGUUGUUUGAGUAACCUCAAAAUUUGUUCGUUCUGUCGACCUGUUAUCGACGAUUCCACAGGGUUGGUAGUUUUACCUUUCUCGGGCAACUCUUUUUUAUCAGACCUCUAUCUCACGAACUGCAAUAUUGACAAAUUGCCAGAUAAAUUUAGCUCCUUACGAUCGUUGCGGUGUCUAUGCUUAAGCAGAAACAAUAUAGAGACCCUACCUGAAAGCAUCGAGAAACUUUACUCUUUGUUGUUGCUUGACUUGAAGCAUUGCUGUAGGCUCAAAUCUCUUCCUCUGCUUCCAUCUAACCUACAGUACUUAGAUGCUCAUGGGUGUGGUUCUCUGGAAAAUGUUUCAAAACCACUAACGAUUCCUCUCGUAACCGAGAGGAUGCAUACUACUUUCAUUUUUACGGAUUGCUUCAAGCUGAACCAAGCGGAGAAGGAAGAUAUUGUAGCUCAGGCCCAACUCAAGAGUCAGUUACUGGCAAGGACAUCUCGUCAUCAUAAUCAUAAGGGACUACUUCUGGAUCCUCUGGUUGCCGUUUGCUUUCCAGGACAUGACAUACCCUCAUGGUUCUCCCAUCAAAAAAUGGGAUCUUUGAUAGAAACCGACCUGCUUCCACACUGGUGUAACAGUAAGUUUAUUGGAGCUUCACUAUGUGUUGUUGUCACCUUCAAGGAUCAUGAAGGUCAUCAUGCCAACCGUUUAUCUGUAAGAUGCAAGUCCAAAUUCAAAAGUCAAAACGGUCAGUUUAUCAGCUUUAGUUUCUGUCUUGGAGGGUGGAACGAGUCAUGUGGAUCAUCUUGCCAUGAACCACGGAAACUUGGAUCUGACCAUGUGUUUAUCAGUUAUAACAACUGUAAUGUGCCAGUCUUCAAAUGGAGCGAAGAGACUAAUGAAGGUAAUAGAUGUCAUCCCACUAGUGCCUCAUUCGAAUUCUACCUUACUGAUGAAACCGAAAGAAAACUAGAAUGCUGCGAGAUUUUAAGGUGUGGGAUGAAUUUUUUAUAUGCUCGAGAUGAGAACGACCGUAAAUUCCAGGGAAUACGGGUUACAGACACUGUUGAGCGUACAUCUAGUGAGGCUCUUGUAACCAUUCGAGGUCAGUCCCACUCACGGAUUGAAGAGAGAAGAUAUGGCAGAAUAAGAGAUGAAAUCAUGGAUAUGACUGGAUCCUCCAUGAUAGGAGGUCCCGAGUCUUAAAAACAAAUGAAAGACCCUUUGGUGUGUCGACAGGGACUUCUAUCAACUAACCUGGCUGCAGCUUGACUUUGAGCUUAUCGUUGAAUGUGACUGGUUCGAUGCCAUUCGAAGCUGAUUGAUGAAGUCGUCACUAGACAACUACUGUGUCACUUCAAAAGACAAAACAGAGUAUGGUCUUUACUCUUUGUUUCUCCCUUUACUGUACAUCACAUGUAUGCUCAAUUUCUAGAUUUUUGUCGAACAACUGGUCCAAAAGGCUCCAUUGUUUCAUAAAGUGUUUCUCAAAAUAAUGCUCUGGAAAUUGAAGGGAAAAAUGAAGAAGUUGCUGGAGAGAUCCCAUUUCUUGGGUGAUAAGUAGACAUAUAGGCUUAGAUAUAUGUCUUAGAUUGUGUUCUAUAAUGGAUGAAAAAAAUGGUGUAUUACGUUGUAUAGAUGAUAUUUUUUGGGUAAAAGUUUUUGGUUUGAAGCAAAAGGAUCAACGAUGAGCAGAAGUUUUGUUCGUAGCUAUAUAUUUUUUGGGUAAAAAAUUGUGCAUUACGUGAUUUCUCCGCGAGACCACGUUCUUUAUUAGGUUGAUUCGAUCCAAACUCAUCGACGUGAAUUUCCGAACAAAACACUCUUAACCUCUAAAUUUAUUGUUUAAAUUUCAAUUCUUUGCCUACAGGCUUAAGAACCUUUGGGUUUAGAAAAGUUGCUGAGUCUGAACAAGAAUGCGAAUAUGCAAACGAUGAUUUUGUGAGAGGUAAACCUGAGCUUACGUUGGAUAUUGAAAUCACGAGAUUGAAAAGUUUUGUCACAGGACAACCUUUCAUGUUUGAAGGAAUCCUACCAGGAUUGGUUUCCCCGGAGACUAUGAUAGCUUAUUUUAUGGCUAUUAAGGAGAAAUUAAAGACAGCUUUAGCAAAGGAUAUAUCAAAACCACUUUAUGAAUUAUUGGUCUUUUUAUAUUUUAUCUUUGGACUAAUUAUUUAUUUUCUUGUUGUUGUUCUGUUGCUCGACUAAAACUAAUUCUUUAGUGGUUUAAUUGUGAGAUUAUGAGAUUUUGGACUUUUUUUUACGUGUUAGUUUGAUAAUCUUAAAG